CAAAGUUCACUCCCCUCCGGCCCAACGAGCCCGCCAUAGUCGCCACCGCCUUCUUCUCGCCCGCCACCGUCCGGCGGCCUUCUUCUCGCGCCUCCCUCUCCGAGCCAGCGUCGAUGCGCUAUCUCGAACUGCCGGACGAGCUCCUGCCGCUGACGCUGCGAGGCCUCUCUCCCGACGAGCUGGCCGUCGCAGCGGCGGUCUGCACGGCACUGCGGCGAGUCUCGGAAGCGGACAGCCUCUGGGCCGACGUCGACCUGCAGCUGCGGCCGUCGCUCUCCGCGCUUCCGCCCGGGCUCAAGCGCCGGCUGGCCGCGACCACGAGCCUGCGCGUGAGCCUGCCGCACCGAGGGUGCAGGGUGCGGCACGCGUUUCUGGCGGCGCAGGGGGCGGACGCCUCGCUGCUCACCUGGUCGUGCGGCGGCCUCUCCGACAGCGGCCUGCUCAGCCUCCUGCAGGCGUGCGGCGGCCGGCUCGUCUCCCUCGACCUGGGCGGGCAGGCGCACGCGCACCUGACCUCUGCGGCGCUGGUCGACGUGCUCGCGGUCACCUCGCCGACGCUGCAGACGCUGCGGCUGCGAGGCUGCACCGCGGUGGGCGGCUCCUCCUGGUCGUUCCACGUCAAGGCCUUUGGCGUCGACGGCCCGCCGCAGCUGCCGCAGCUGAGGCAUGUCGACUUCUCUCACACGGACGCAACGGACGCGCUCGUCGGCGCGCUGCUGCGGCGGGCGCCUCGCCUCGAGUGCGUGAGCCUCAACUUCCUGGACAAGCUCGGCGACGAGCCUCUGCGGCAGCUCCUUCCCGCCCCGCCGCCCUCGCUGCGCAGCCUCGGCCUGAUGGGGUGCCCGCGCGUCUCGGACUCGCUCCUCCGCUCCCUGCUCGCCGCGCUGCCUGCCUCCUCCCUCCUCUGCGACAUCUCCUUCGUCUGCGAUCUCGCCCCACCCGACGACGAGAACACGCCGCCCGGCGCUGCAGAGGGCCGCGCCGGCGCCGUGCCCGACCCCGCGAGGAGCGCUGCGGCGGCGGAGCCGCUCGACCGGCUGCUCUCGGCGUACCACCGCGAGCAGCUGCGCCAGUAGGGCCGC